UCGAGGUGAGCGGUCCUUCAUCCUUUAUUUACCCGUGCUCGUCCGCCUCUCCCGAUCCGCGUCGAUCCGCGUCGGUUCUCCGUAGGAAAAAAAACCGAAUUUUGGAUCUUAAUUAGCAGCAGACGCUUCCCUCCUGCCUAAUUCUUGGAGGAGGGGGGAUACCAUGGCUGUGAUAAAGAUGCCAGUGAGCAAGCUCCCCAAGGCAAAGAGAGAACGCGACUGCAAGCGGAACACGGACAAGCGCAAGGCACAACCAACUGAGUUGGAUGUUUGCGCGAUAUGCGACGAGGGUGGUAGCUUAAUCUGCUGUGAUGGUGGAUGCCUGAGGUCUUUUCACCCAACCAGAAAAGUUGGCGAGGAAUCGAAGUGCACAACCCUUGGGCUAACUGAAGAACAAUGGCAAAUCCUCGAGUCCAAUGAUGAGAAAUAUAUAUGCAAGAACUGCAAAUCUAAGCAGCAUCAGUGUUUUGCUUGUGGAUUGUUGGGGUCUUCAGACUUAACAUCAGGAACUGAGGUGUUCCAAUGUAAGGACAAACAGUGUGCCCGUUUUUACCACCCUAAAUGUGUUGCUGAAGUACUCUACCCUGAUAGCAAAAGUCGGGCCUUACGAUUUGGCAAUGAUGUUGCUAGUGGACUGGAAUUCCAUUGCCCUAUGCAUAGAUGUAGUUUGUGUAAAGAAGCGGGGAACAGAGAUGAUAAGGACAUGCGACUAGCGGUAUGUGGGCGAUGUCCAACUGCAUACCACCGGACGUGCUUGCCAAGGGAAAUCUCCUUCAGAGAGAAUAAAGAGAAGGGAAUUCAAAAAAGGGCGUGGGAUGACGUUCUUCCCGAUCAGGAUUUUAUCUACUGCAUGAAGCAUAAGAUGGAGAAAGAUCUGAGGACUCCCAGGAGGGACCAUAUUGUUUUUCCUGACACAAGAAAUCCUUGUGCAGCUAAAAGGCCUAGAGGCCAAGAAACACUCAAAGAAGACAUGAUCGACCGCCCUUUGCCGUCUCGAUCCCCUCAGGAGACAGAAGCUGGAUGUGACAAGGUGAAACCCAUUGAUUCAUUUGCACCGAGGCACUUGUUCCCACGUCCGCAUCCAGGCUCAUGUGGUUGCCUCGACGACUGAUUGACCAUCCAUUAAUCCCAUAUCUUGCAUCUUCUGUAGAUAAAGUCAGCAGUAAUAGGCUCCAUCUGCUACGUCCUCCCUCCGUUACAAAACACAACUCAUAUAGUUUUUUCUCAUUUGUUUCACAACAUACCUCAUUUUUCUUU